ACUAAGAAGUCAACAUUCUGAAAUUUGAGACAAAACAGCAAUGUUAAGGGGACGACCAUUUGAUAUUUGAGGGGGGGAUCGAUAGGAUUUUUUUGCUGUAUUAUGCAAAAUGGAUUAAACAUACAUAUAUAUAUUAUAUAUAAAGACAAACCAGUAGUCCGGCAUGAUACUAAUUGGAACUUAUGAAAUGCCACAGAGGAAGUACGAAUUCUUGCACAGAAAAGAAGACGAGAAACCUAUCUACCAAAAGCAGGACGGACAAAGAUUUACACAACCUCAUACAACUAAAUUGAACGUUAAUUCGACGUAUGCAGUUAAAGUUGUGAUUCGGCCACCCGAAAAACUGAAGGAACUCGUCAUACAGGGAGAAAGCAUUGAACUCGAAGAGUUGACAACAGAAGAUGAAGACUGUAUUACAUACUCAUCUCAUUUUAACACGUCCGGAUACGAUCUGAGCAGACGACAAAAGAGGAAGGAAGUACCUCUAUUAUUUCUGUUUGAAGGACAUACUUUAAUUGCGACUUUACAGUGCAAGUUUUACAAGGAGAACGAGGUCGAACAUUGUCACUGGGGACAUACCUUGACAUGGCUAGAGUAUGAAUGUAAAGUUGAAGACGGAUCGAGUCACGUUGACGUUUUGAAAGAAAAAUAUUUGUAGUUACAUUUGAACGCUACUUUACAGACAUAUAAUGCUAUGCUGUAUACAUUCUUUCAAGGAAUCAAGGCUUUAACAUCUAAGCAGUGGAACCGGGAAAAUGUGAUACCCAGCCAGUAACUUUGUAAUAUAUACAUUCCACGUACGUGUUGUGUUACUGGAGUUGCAUUUGCAUAAAAGGAGGCUUGUUUACAUUAUUUACAUUGAACACAGGGUAUAUUCCUACAAGUAUACAUUAGUUAUCAGUGCGGACAUAAGUAUCUUUUACAGAAGUGCGUUCUGGACACAUUUAAAACAAUACGACGCCUCGUCACCAGAAGACAUAGGAAAUACUUUUUUUUGUUCAAUUUUUAUAUUUGAAUAUAACUGCAUUCUAUGCAUGAAAUUA